AUGAUCAGCUUCGACGCCGCCGGCACCCUCACUCUUGGCAGGCCCUUAGACUGCAUCGCCACCAACACACUCCACACCCUCGCGUCCAUAAUGCAAAGCAGCGCCUACGCCACGUCACUCGUUCCCAUCCGCCAGCACCUCUGGUUCUUCGACUCCUAG